AUGUCGAUGAUCUUCAAUGCCAGUCAGGAUAGCAAAACGGAGAUCGAAUACCAGACGAUCUCCUCGACUCAGACCUAUCUGGCGGAAGAGCAGUCAGAGCGUCUACAUAAUCUGAUAUCCAAGGAGCAGCUCGAGAAGCUGAAUCAGGCCUUCAAUGAACGUCCUGAUUCACAGGUCGGCUUCGAUGACCUACGAGGCCUUUUGCUGGAACAGGAUAUCACCUUCAACGAUGCGGUGUACAACCGGCUCUUUUUGAAGAUCAAUCAGAAUAGGGACUUUAUGGUCGAUUGGAACGAGUUCGUCUCGUAUCUGAUCUUCGGCUUCCAAGAGGAGGAUCCCAGCAGCCAAAAGGAGUCGUUGAUCCUGCCCAUUUCGGUGGCACCUUCUGUGCGGAAAACGGAGCACCGAUCGACUGUGUGCUGUGUGGCCCUGCUCAAGGCCAAGUCCGAUCAGGUGCCCAUCGAGGAGGUCACCGAGACGGUAAACUUCUCCUUUGGCGGUGAAGACUCCCCCGAAGCCUCUGGCAUGUGGGUGACGGCCAGUCACGAGGGCAUGCUGCGCUUUUGGACCUCCCACAUGGAGCCCAUUCGAACAGCAACCUCGGAGAGCAUCCACCUGAAGAUGCCCACUUGGAUACUGGCUGUACAGGCUCUCUCGGAUGUCAGCAUAGUCUGCACUUCUUCCACAGAGCGGGAGCUGCGCUUCCACGAGACCAUCGCCUCGACCUUCACACUCCGAAUGGUCAUCCGUAGCAUGCCCCACGCAGUCUACUGCAUGAGUUAUGCCUUCUACAACAACGGCAAGGUACACUCGAAGCUGGUACUCGGGGAUUAUGCUGGCAACGUGAGGAUUCUCUCAUACUCGCCGAACCUGCGCGGUCCGUUCCAGGCCAAGCCGGGAGCUGCCCUGAUCGAGGUGGUCUGGGCGGACGUGCUAAAGGGCAAGAUACCCCAGAUGAUACCCAAGGAGUACAUCAAUCUGCAUAACGAGAUGAUCAGCUGUGUCCACUAUUCCCUCCACAUGAACGCCUUGUUCGCCACUGCGGAGUACAGGAACACAAAAAAGUAUCGCGGACGGUGUCCGGGCAUGAUCAUGGUCACAUACGAUGAGCGGAGCAAUUUUCGUGUACCUUUGGGUGUUUCCACCUUCUUUGUGGCAGAGAGCCAUAACAUUGUCGUCACUGGGGGACCCGAUACGUUCGUUAGGAUCUGGGAUGUCUAUAUACCCACAGAGCCGUCGGCAAUCCUCACCGGCCACAAUGGUGGCAUUGUCAUGGUAUUUGUGCAGCCGGAGGAGAACAAGGUGUACAGCGUGGACUACCAGAAGAUCAUUAAAGUGUGGGAUCUCCAAGAGCACACACUGCUCCAGACCUACGGCGAGCUGGUGCGCCUCAUACAUCCCAGCGAGACGGAUAUGACCUACUUCUAUCACUCGCAUUUGCGCGAGCUCAUUGUGGCCGGACGCAAGCUAAUCUCCAUCAAGUGCUGUCCACGCGUGAGAGUAGAUCUAACUGAUGGCAACACCCAUGCGGCACCCGUGUCCGUGGUCCUGUACAAUCGUCUGUUUCGGAAUAUCGUCACCUGUGGCCUCGACAGCUACAUCAUUGUGUGGGAUCCUUGGAGUGGACGGCGCAAGAUCAUCAUGAAGAACUGCCACACGAAAAUGAUCUACGGCGAAAUAAUUGACAUUGAGAUUACGGCCGCCACCUUCGAUCCACUCGAGCAGUUCCUCCUCACGGGCGCUCGCGACGGUACCCUGAAGAUCUGGAACUACAAUAACGCGGUGGUGGUGCGAAACAUGAGCAUCAUGCCGGACCAGGAGGUGACUUCAGUCAUUUGGGUGGUGGAUCGUAUUCUGGCCAUGGGUUGGGAUCGUCAGGUAACCGAAUUCAAUGAUGUGGAGGGCCGCGAGUACGGGGAUCCCAAGAAGUGGUCCAAGUUCCACACCGACGACAUCACCUGUGCCGAUGUCAAGCUGGGGGAGGGCGUGGUCACUGCCACCUACUCUGGCGAGGUUAUAUUCUGGAAGCUGGAGACUGGCCAGCCCUACCGAAGGUAUAGCGUCAUGGAUCCCACACGCUUCAUUGAGCUGAAACUCACGCCCGAAGAAGAGAAGUUAAUGCGCCGAAGCAAGCGAUUGAUGUCUCGUUUGGGCUCCAGUCGCAUGAGUCGAGCGACCGCCAUUACUAUGCCCAAGGCAGACGAUGGCCGAGACUAUGGCCAGAACGUACCCAUCUCCGUUCAGGCCGUUCUAUUCCUGCAGACUCGACCCCAGACCAUACAACAUGGCAGUGUGUUUAUCUCCCUGGACACUGGCUAUAUUCAGGUAUAUUCCCAUCAUUCCCGCGGUGGCUACAUGAGUCAGUUUUUGUCCGUCCACAAGACCGGAGACUGUGUCCUUACCAUGUGCACUGAUCGCAAGAAUCGUUACAUCUACACGGGCACAGCCUUUGGCUAUAUCAAGGUCUGGCAUAUAGUCAACUACUGCGUGCCGGAAGCGGAGAAGGUGCACGUGUGCAUGCCCAGGCUGCGGCUGGAGUUUAUAUUCAUGAGAAAGGAGUUCUGGGUCACACGGGCCAAGAGGGUGGUGCGCCAUCAGCGUGAACCGCUGCUGGUCAGCUCCUACAAGGCUCAUCUCAAGGCAAUCAAUUCGAUAGCCUUUAUUAAUCUGCCAAAGAUUGUGUUUUCGGGCAGCCACGAUUACUCCUGUCGCCUGUGGACACAGGGAGGCCGCUACUUGGGCACCCUGGGCACAGUUCUGCCUUGGUCCAAGCUUUCACCCUUCGAGCGUGCUGGGAGUGAGAAUCAGGUCUAUCGCCUGCCACCGGACAUCAAAAAGGUGGCCAGCUCAACUACACUUAAGGUGAUCUCCGGCGUCCAGAUGGAUCGACCCGCUAAGCGAGCCGAGGUCAAGGCACCCGAGGAUCGCGAUGAGGAGACCGCCCAGACGGACGAUGGCUAUGAUCUAAAGAAAAUCUUCGAUAAGCCCCUCAAAGAACCCAUUCUGGGCAAGCACUUCACGCUGCCCGGUAAAAGUGUCAUGGAUCAGCGCAUCGAUGUGGACACCACUCAGAGCUACAUUGCUGUCUACACGCAUCUUAAGGUCCAUCACACUGAAAUGCUCGAACGUCUGCCCACGCCAGCUGUGAUAAGUCGCGUUGCGGGCGAGAACUACAUGGAUCAUUAUGUGCCCGUCGAGGGCAAGGUGGACUUGAGUGGAUCGGCUCUGAAUAUCAAGCAGCCGCCGCGUCGCAAUGUGAGGCCCAACGACCCACGAAAUAUGCGCAUGGCCAAGACUCGCGGCGACAUGGGUCCUGGUCCCAGUCCCAGCCAGCAAUCUGAGUAGUCUCGUCUCGUGUCUCUGUCAAUGGAUAAAAUCAUAUAUAUUUUUGGGGGUAUUGCUGCUCAAUGAUUUGGUGGUUAAAUUAAAGUGUUCCUUUCUGUUG